AAAAAGGAAUACAUUACUGCUACUUGUUUUCCUGUGAAACGGAUGGGAUAGAAGAAAAACGAAUCGAACCGUUCAGCCGAAAAAAUGUCGCUUGAUAGUGUAGAAAGCUAUGAGUCGCCAGGAAUAUCGCUGUUUAUGAAAAAGUAUGAUGGAGAACUAAACGAGAAGGGAGAGCGGCAUGGCUUUGGUCGAGCUCUGCUGCCGAAUGGGGACGAGUAUGAUGGAGACUAUAAGAAUGGCAAAAGACAUGGUUAUGGAAAAUACAUGUUCGUCAACGGUAAAGCAAGAUACGAAGGAGAAUACGAGAACGGCAAAAAAUCUGGUCGAGGAAAAUGUUGGUACCCUGACGGGUCAGUGUACGAGGGAACCUGGGCCGAGGGUCUAAGGAAUGGAUUUGGCGUGUACACAUAUGCAAAUGGCGAUAGAUAUGAAGGACUCUGGGAAGAUGGCCGGAAACACGGACAAGGGGAGUAUGUCUACAAGCAUCAAGGGAUUCGAUAUAGGGGUAACUGGAGCGAUGGGGAAUUUCAAGACCAUGGAAAACUUAUAACGUCAAGCUACACAUAUACAGGGACAUUUUCUGGUGAGGGACCAGUCGGGCCUGGAAGGUUCCAUUUUGAUGCAGGCUGCGAGCAGGAGGGUGAAUAUGUGAUCGAGGGAAUGGCCCAAAUUAAUUUUACCCCCAGAGGAGUUGUCCAUGUACCACUUUGGAAAUGCACUUCUUUACACAAGGCAGGACCGAGACUGGAUAAGCCGCUAGACUAACAAGUUCAUUUUCCAUACAUCAUGUGAAACUCUUGACUGGUAUUUGCUAACACUGUUUGAUUGAUUCGAUUCCAAGCAAAUGUGCUAUUUGAAGGCCUGUUCUUUUUUUUCU